ACACUGUUCACAAUACAAAUCCCUGUGCACUGCAAGUCAGCAUGUUGUGUUGUUGCACACACGGAGCUUUGCAACCCGGAUGCUGUAGUCCCCUUCAGUCAGGACCCACAGGCCCCGGCGAUGACACAAUGUGGACAUGAACCACACAGCCCAGCAUGACUUUCUACCGCUGCUCAUUCACCCUGUGGUUACCGCGGUGAACUGAGGCGCUCGGCAGACGGAUGGCGAUCUUUUAUUACCGACGCUCGAAUGCCUCCAUCUUAUCAGCCCUUAUUUAAUUAGUUAGUCCAGAGGAAUUGUUUCGGAUUUACAGCUGGGUUUGGACCAAGAAUCUGGGAUUUCUCAUUUUGUCAGCACACAGGUGAAAGACUUUUUUCCGUGCCCUGUUCAUUUGUUUGCCGGUUAUGUUUUGUUUUUAAAAAAUAUAUAUUUUAACACAACUUGUAGACGAAGUUUAAGGUUGGUUCAUUCUUUUUGAAGGACGCCCGGUGGACAUGCACCCCGCUUUGCUGCGCUUGUUUUGCCGAGGUUGCCUCAGCAGGGCGCAAGGUCUGCCCGCUGGAAGCUUGACCUCUUGGCCAAGGCCAAUGAGCAGGUGGAACAGCCAGGAGAACUAUAGCCCCCCACCUGCUCAGAAAGCCCCCCGUGUCCUCAUCACAGGUGGUCUUGGGCAGUUAGGUGUGGGACUGGCACAGAUACUGAGGAAACAGUACGGAUCAGAGAAUGUAAUCCUGUCAGACAUUAAGAAGCCUCCACCUCAUAUUCUCAGCAGUGGUCCUUUUGUGUACGCUGAUGUGUUGGACUACAAACAUCUCAGAGAACUGAUUGUGAAUUAUCGCGUCACCUGGCUGAUACACUACAGUGCUCUGCUUAGUGCUGUGGGCGAAGCCAAUGUGGCUUUGGCACGCAAGAUCAACAUCACAGGCCUCCACAAUGUGCUGGACUUGGCCCUGGAGAACUGCCUGCGCAUCUUCGUCCCCAGCACCAUUGGAGCAUUUGGGCCCUCUUCUCCACGUGACCCGGCCCCUGACCUCUGUGUCCAAAGACCUCGAACCAUCUACGGCGUGUCCAAAGUGCAUGGAGAACUGAUGGGGGAGUACCUCCAUCAUAAAUAUGGUCUGGACUUCCGCUGCCUGCGGUACCCAGGCGCGAUAUCAGUCAACACCGCCCCUGGAGGAGGAACAACAGAUUAUGCCGUUCAAAUCUUCCACGAUGCCCUCAGUACGGGUCACCACGAGUGCUACCUGCGUCCAGACACCCGCCUUCCCAUGAUGCACAUCUCCGACUGCCACCGUGCCACCGUAGAGUUCAUGCAGGCCCCAGAGUGCCAGAUGUCUCUGCGUACCUACAACAUCGCCGCCAUGAGCUUCACUCCAGAAGAGCUGGCGCAGGAAAUCCGCAAGCAUCUCCCUCACCUCAAAGUCACCUACAAUCCCGACUCAGUCCGCCAGAACAUCGCAGACAGCUGGCCCGUGAGGUUCGAUGACACCAAUGCCAGGAGAGAUUGGGGCUGGACGCCAGCUUUCCAGCUUGAGGAGCUGGUCUCGGACAUGCUGCGCUCCAUUCGAGACAAGAGGACAAACGAGGGUCUGCCAGUCAGUUAGCAAAAACAUGGUCCUGACCACCAAAGACUGACCACCUUGCCCCUGGCUUUUUCUUCCAGAUGCAUUUACCCGCCGAUACACUUUCUUUCACUUCCUCAUCAUAUGUUGUCAAAGUGUAUUGCAACAAGCCAGUGACUGUUUGUAAAGGAAAGUAGGACCUCUCAAUCAGAUAAUCUCAAUAUGCAAACAUCUCAUUUUUUUCAGAGAAUAAUAUACUGUCAAACUUUCCCUUAAUUGUUGUUGUUUUUAUUGUAAUCAUGGUAUAAGCAUCGCUUUAAAAAAAAAUAAUUCUCAGACAACAAGGGACUGCAGAAAUGACCAAAUGUCAUGUGACUCGCAUCAACGGACACAACAGUCUCUCACAAUGUGUAAUAAAAUAUGUAAUACAAUAUGGUCAAGUUGCACAUUGAAAUUAAUACAUCUGCUGAACACUUUAAUUCAAGGAUCAUCUGGAAUGGCUCAGUUAACUCUGGUAAUGAUACACCACAUAUUCUGCCUGUUUUCAAAAGGCAGUAUUUUAUAAAAUAGUCUACCAAGUGAACAUGACACAUAGUGUACAACCCCACUACUCUUGCUGUGGCAUCUAGCAGGUUGCCUUUUUGUGUGAUUUUAUUCAUGAAUGAUCGCCUAUAGCAAAUAAAGCCUUGUUUACUGAAGAUUGCUUUGGAAAGCAAUGUAUAAAAAAUGCUGUGUACUUUUGAAUCAUACCCUGAGCAAUAAAAUGUUACUU